GCGCUCUCGCAAGCCGGUUGUCAGUGUCAGUCAGCCUAAACCGGUCUGUCAGUGACAACACACAGGUACAGCGAUACCGUAUUGUAUCGAAAUCGUGGACAGUGAUUUAGUGUUUAGUUUCGUCGCUUGUGAAUAUGGAAGAUAAGCCGUACAGUGUUGAUAGUUCGGACGAUAUUAACGUGGACGACGACGAUGAGCAUACCGAAGAAAAUCACAGCUACCCACCAGACUUCCCUAUAGAAGCAUUGGUAAAAUUAGAGCGACCGUCACCCCCUUUGCCGACGCCACCACACACACCCACAGACGACACGCCCCCAGCUGUCGUUAUCUCCCGUCACCAACCCGCGUGGAUUCCACCCGCACCCCAAUCGUACCCCACCUAUCCUCGUCCAAUGCAAUCUCCGUACUCCUACGAUAAAAUGCCCUACUCACACCCGGCCAUGUCAGCGUACAUGCAGGCGCAAGUAGCGACGCUGCCACCCUCCGCCCCAUACCACGCUAUGCUCGUGAAUCAGUGGAUAAGAAACGCCGCGCUGUAUCAUCAUUCCCUGCGCUAUCCGGGAGUGAUGGCCCAAAGAAUGCCCGGAAGAAAUCCUCCGCCGCUAAGAGCGCCAAGCGUUCCCGGAGCGAGACCAAAGAAACAGUUCAUCUGCAAAUACUGCAAUCGCCAAUUCACAAAGUCCUACAACUUAUUGAUUCACGAGAGAACGCACACUGACGAGAGACCUUACUCGUGCGACAUUUGCGGGAAGGCAUUCAGAAGACAAGACCACCUGAGAGAUCAUAGGUACAUUCAUUCGAAGGAGAAGCCGUUUAAGUGCACGGAAUGCGGGAAAGGAUUCUGCCAAUCGAGAACGUUAGCGGUGCACAAGAUUUUGCACAUGGAAGAAUCUCCGCACAAAUGUCCGGUCUGCAACAAGAGCUUCAACCAAAGAUCUAAUCUGAAGACGCAUUUGCUGACGCACAGCGAAGCGAACAAACACCAUUUGGACCAUUUGGAUGGUUGUCAAGAGGUCUCUUCAACAAGCCAAACGGACAGCUCUUUGUUGGAUCUGUCCCAUAAAAGUCCCGUUGCGUUACCGCAACAGCUUCAGCCACUUGUCAGCCCUCAUCAAUCUCCUGUCGAAGGGCCGAAAAGGACAUUAGGAUUCUCAAUAGAGGACAUUAUGAAACGUUAAUGUAAU